CACUCACUCACCUCUCACUCCGUCGUUCGGCAGGCGUUAUGGUCAAACUUCGCUCUUGUUGCACCUCCCGCGGAUUAAGACAAUAAGCCGAUAUAGGAAAAAACAUUUCGAUUUUUUUUUGUCGUGAUGGAGCCUGCAAAGUACCUGAUCUUCUUUGCUCUCGAACUUCUCCUCGUCACCCAAAGGUGUAUUUGUGUUCGAGACGUUCGACUGAUGCUUCCGACCGCAGUAAUGUCGGGACACGGUGCCAAAUUCAUUUGUCUGUACGACUUGCAAGAAGCGCCGCUCUACUCCGUCAAAUGGUACCGGGGACAGAGGGAAUUUUAUCGCUACCUCCCACAGGAGAAUCCACCGAUGAAAUUCAUCCCGAUCCCAGGCAUUGAUAUUGACCUCUACAAGUCGGAUGCAAAUGAGGUUCGACUGAGGGAAAUCCACUCGGACUUGACCGGCGUGUUCAGUUGCGAAGUUACAGCGGACGCACCUUCAUUCAGAACGGCGAGUGCCUCGAAAAACAUCACAAUAGUCGAGAUGCCGAACUUGGCGCCCAAUGUCACCGUGGAAAAGAGCCUGUCUGACGAGGGGCUGAGUAUUAUUUCGGUCAACUGCACCAAUUUUUACUCUAAGCCGCCAGGAAAAUUGAGCAUUUUUCUGAAUGAGGAGCCGGUGAAAGAAAAAGAUUUGGAGAAAUUCAUCGUGCCUCUCGGCAAGUUCAACGUCGAGGUGGUCAGGUUGAACCUGACCCUGACAGACGAGCAGCUGAACAACAUGAAUUUCAGUUUGCGCCUCAAAUGCGUGAGCAGCGUGUUUUCCUUCACCAGAAUGACCGAGGUGCUUUUAAUUGAACAAAGAUUGCGCUCAGAGUCUAUUUUGGCAGCCAUGGAAGAGAGCCGUGCUCCUAAUUUAAUUAGAGCACCUGUGUGUUGCAGGCGGCACGAUUUGGAUUUGGAUUGCCCUGCUCUGCGUGCUGAGGUGAAACGACUCGACUUUAAUUGAAUAAUAAAAUUUAUUUUUGGAUACAAAUUAUUGUGAUAGUAGACAAAGUACUUGAGAAUUCGUGUUGAUCACUUUAUUUAUUAUUAAGACUCGAUGAAUUGUGUAUUUAAAAUGAAAAUAAAGUAAGACGAUUUUUUUAAUAUACGAUCCAAAAUUUAUUUAGAAGCUUUAAGCCGAUUGGGACAGAUCAAGUUUUAACAUAAAUAGCAAUAUAUUUAAUUUUACCAUCUCUGGGAUGCAUAAUAUCUAUAGCUCAGAAUAUCAUAAUAAGUUGCCCUAAUAGCUGAAUUUAUAAAAAGCACAAUAAAUAUGCUCACUGUAUAAAUAACUGCAAAGAGGUACUCUUGUAAGCUAGACUUUGAUUACCACAGAAUCAGCAUUUUUGCAGCACAUUUAGAUUAGCAUUAAUUAAUUAAAAAAGUUGCGCGAGUUGUAGUGUGCGUAAAUAGUAAAUCUAUAGUCGAAGGUGGCGUUUAAUUGAUCAAAAAGUAUUAGCUCAAAAGAAAUCGCAAGUCGGAGGGUUGAAAAUAUAAAAA